CCGGGCGGGCUCCAGCGGGGUGAGGAAGCUGCCGCCGCGCUGACUCCGGGCCUGACUCUCGCCCUUCCCCCGACAGGAGAUGAAGGCGGCCGGGACCAGGCGGACGGGCCACAAGCGGCUGCCCGGGGCAGCGGGCAACGAGCCUCGGGCGAAGAGGGUGAGGGCGAGGGCCGGCGCGGGUGUGCGCCCAGCGGCCGGGCCCGGGACCUCGGGGCCCGGCGUCUCCGCAGCGGACACCGACUCUGACGGCUACAGCAGCGGGGAUGACCUUCCUGCAGCGUCUGAGGAGUUGUCGGUGUAUGAAAGGAAGCGACUGAAAAACAUUCAGCAAAAUGCCGAGUUCUUUGCAUCAUUAAAUAUACUGGAGACUGCCAAAAUACUUUGGGGAGGUGAUAAAAAACGACAACGGAAGAGACAGAAUCUUAAGAGACGGAAGCCUAAAAGUUCUGGAGAGCAGCCUGCGGUUCGCCGGUCAGCGCGGCUACAAAUGCUGAAAUCUGGAGACAUCCAGGUCCCAGAAUUACUGAUAGAAACGUCUGUGAAGUCGGAAGCAAUAGAACGGUUCUCUGGACCCCUUAAAAUGGUUGCAAAUGAUGAAGAAAACAACAAAGUAACUGAGGAAUUAAUGAACACGUGGCUGAAGAUCAGUCAGGGAGAAUCACAGGUUAAAAUAAAGCAAGCAGAUGAUUUAAAAACCUACAAGUCCAGUUUGAAAAGGAUGACGAUUCGAGAAAACCUUGUUGAGAAAGUAACACCAAAACGAGUGUGCUCACUGGCUAUUCAUCCAUCUCAGCAGAGCUUCCUGGUGGCUGCAGCAAGCACUUAUGGAUAUGUUGGACUUUGGGAUCUGAGUUCUCAGGCUGAGGAUGAAGUUGUUAGUCAGUUCAAACCUCACUGUGGUACAGUUAACUGCUUGCACUUUUCCCCUUCUAACUCUGCUGAACUCCUGUCACUGAGCAAUGAAGGGAGCAUUCGCUGUGGGAAUGUUGCUGCUGCUGUCUUCGAUGAGGUGUACGUAUCGGAAAAGUGGAAUACCUCUUCUUUUGAUUUCUUAGCUGAGGAUGGGUCCACCUUGAUUGUCAGUCACUGGGAUGGAAAAAUGGCCGUAGUAGACAGGCGAACCCCAAGCAUUUCAGGAGAACAGCACGUGUGCAUGGGCCUGAAGCAUUUACGGACAGUCAGUGUUCACCCAGUAAAUCGGCAUUACUUUGUAACUGCAGCGUCACAGUGUGCAGCUAUUUAUGAUAUCCGAAAUCUAAAAGCAUCAUCCAACAAGCCUCUGGCGUAUCUGAACACCCAAAUGAGGCGUGUAAACUCAGCUUACUUUUCACCGGUUACUGGGAACAGAGUGGUGACCACCAGUAUGGAUGAUAGGAUCAGAGUAUUUGAUACAAGUGCCAUAAUUUCUGAGAUCCCUUGUGUGACGUCAAUAACCCAUAACAAUAACACUGGAAUUUGGCUGACCAAAUUCCGAGCUGUGUGGGAUCCUAAAAAGGAAGAUUGCUUUGUUGUGGGUAGUAUGGUCAAGCCCAGACAGAUCGACGUGUUCCACAGUACAGGGACAAAGAUACAUGAAUUCAAGGAUGCUGAAUGGCUCGGGUCUGUGUGCUCCAUUAAUGUGAUGCACCCAACAAAAAAUAUCUUGGUUGGUGGAAACUCAAGUGGACGACUUCACGUGUUCAUGGACAAUGCAUUAAUUGGAUAGUUGGAGUUCUGUGCAGAAUGGAGGGCCACCACUGUCACUGUAAAGGUAGAGUAGGAAUCUUGCCAUGUCAGAAGAACGGUUCUUUGAGAGUUUGAUGUUUAGUGUGGGGGAAAAAAAAAUGCCACGCCGCUGAUUAAAUAACAAGUAACGCACUAAAUUCCAAACUAUAAAUUGCAACAGUGACUGUGUUCUCUGGAGCUUGGAAAAAUGGGGAAUAAAAGUACCACCAAAUGGAGAAGGGUUUCACUCAGUGCCAUACACUUGAGAGAACAGCUGUACCUGAGCAGAACUAUAUUAGAAUGUCACUCCCAGGCAUUUUGGAUUGGGAAUAUGAGGCAGGUGGUCCAGCUUGCAGUUCCCAAUGCAGCUUGUAAUGAUGCAGUCUGUUGGAGACAGAGCCCGUGAGCAUCCUAGGCUCGAACAGUCUGAUAUAAGUAGUUUGUUGAGUAGUUUGGAGUGUAAAAGUACAACCUCUUCUCUCCCCAUCAGCAGAACCUGACCCCCAUGGAGGUUUCAAUGGCAGGAUUCAUGAAAGCACAGAAUUGCUCCCUCUGUACACCGUUAGCUCUGGACAGUUCCAUUACUGCACACACGCACAAAUAUACAGAAUGCUGGACGUGCUCACCAAGUCAGGCAACAUCUGUGGAGCAGUUCUGAUGAGAGCUGUUUGAUUUGAAACAGUAACUCUGUUACUCUGUAGAUACUGCCUGACCUGCUGAGUAUUUACAGUAGUUCCUGGUUUUUAUUUAAGAUGACUAGCAUUUGAAGUUUUUUGCUUUUUCAUUACUAUACUGCUUGAGAUUUACAAAUGUUUUCUGUGGAUGUUAAGAUUAAGAAAAUUAUGAACAAUAUUGUGAAAGGACGUGCUUUGCUCUUUCUCAACACCUCUGAGAAGUGUGUAGGCACUUUAUCUCCAUUCUUUCCCUUCCAACCACUCCCCUCUCCCCCCCUCGCCUGUUUCACCAACCCGCACCCCCCCCCAUGCUCAACAACACCAGUUACUCUACAGCAUUCACCAUACCCAGCAGCCUUCUGCAAUAGUUUCACUAUGCAUUUGUGUUACUAAAUUUUGCAUGUGUACCAUAAAAUGUAAGUGUUCAAUGGGAUACAAACUGAUCUGGCACCACAAGUCUGUGGAAUUUUUGUUCUCUCUGCAGACUGUCCCUUAUGGAAUGCCCAGUUGGCAUAUUUUCUGGAAGGUUACAAUUAUUUUUUCAACUGUAGACAUUAUUUAAACUAUGAAGUCUGGAGAUUAGCAAAGUAUUCUUGCUAAAAUACUUCAUAAGGAAAUAGUGUCCUGUUUUGCUAUUGCUGAUGUUUUAAUGAGGAAUUUUUAAUUUUUAAAAAUAUGGUUGAAAUAAACUGCCUUUUUU